AUGCUCUCCGACCCGCUCAUUGAAGUCACGGAGGAGGAGCGUCGUUCUGCGCAGGACUUCCGUGGUUGCGACCCAGACACCAUUUCUUUCGUCAUCUCGGAGACCAACCCGGACCCGGAUGACCUCUACGUGCGGAUCCACGAGAUGAGGCUGUAG